CUAUUUUUAAUUUUUGUGGCAAGCAACAAACAGGUUCGCUCCCGUUAAUCGGCGGUUUUUCCGUUCAUUCUUCGUCCAAGAUGGACAAAAUUGUUUGCGUUUUCGUGUUGUGUGCGACUUUGGCCAAAUCGCAAAUCAAUUUAGAAUAUAAACCGGUACGGCCUUUCUAUCACCCUAAACCUGGCACCACUUUAGGACAAAUUGUUCCUCCGGGCAAACCUUGGCCUGACAAACCUGAAGAUCAACAAAAUGUCACCCAAACGCCUGUUCUAGAGAACAAAAUAAAAGAAACAACAAUUCCCACAACUCCACCUAAGCCUGGAGUCACUCUAGAUUAUAAACCUUCCCGGCCACCGUUUCAUCCUAAUCCUGGAAGUACCUUAGGUCAAAUUGUACCGCCUGGGCAACCAUGGCCUAAUAAACCUGACGGUUAUCAGAAUUUUAGUCAAUUAAUGCCUGGCAUUAAUCUAGAAAACAAAAUGAAAGAUACUGUUUCUACAACUGAACAACCUGGCACUACGAUUUUUAGCCUAGAAUAUAAACCUAACCGGCCUCCACAUCACCCAAACCCUGGCAGUAUUUUAGGUCAAAUAAUACCGCCUGGACAACCUUGGCCCGACAAACCUGAAGGUUAUCAAAAUUUUAGUCAAUUAUCACCUGAACUAAGCUCUAGCACAGUUAGUUUGGAAAAUAAAAUACAAGAAACCGCUACUUCAACCAAGAAACCUAGUACUAAUCUAGAAUAUCAACCUAAUAGACCAACAUUUCACCCAAGUCCUGGCACAAUUCUAGGCCAAAUUAUUCCACCUGGGCAACCUUGGCCUGACAGACUUGAAGGGUAUCAAAAUUUUACUCAAACAAAGCCUACUGGGUUUGUAUGGGAAACGGAAAAUAAUAAAACCACCAAACCUGGACAAGCAACCCUAGCACCAAAUCAAAUUAAAAAUAAUUUUGAAAAUAAAAUCACAGAUAUAGUCUCAAUAUUGUCUCAACCUAGCACAAAUGUUGCUAAUUCAGAUAAACAACCUAGCAGCCUAGACCAAAAUAAGGUUGAGGUAACAAAACCUGGGUUAGUCACGCCCACACAGAAUCAAACAAAUAAUUUUGGAGAAACAAUAAAAGAAACACAAAGCCCAGAUAUUGAUUACAAAUCUAAUAGUACUGAAAAUUUGACACACUCAAAACCUAGGCUAGAAACCACUUUGACUAUGACAACAAAUCCAGUAGACAGUUUUGAUGAUGCAAUUAGAGACACUAUUUCUGAACUAAAGCCAGGGACACAACUUAAACCUAGUGAAAUUGGAAAAAUGUCAGGGGAAAACGAACGUAGCCCAGAUAUUAAUUACAAACCUAAUAUUGAAAAUUUGACACAGUCGAAACCUAGGCUAGAAAUCACUUCGAUUAACAGUUUUGAUGAUGCAAUUAGAGACACUGCUUCUGUACUAAGCCCAGGUACACAACCUAAACCUAGUAAAAUUGGAACAACGUCAGGGGUAAACGAACGUAGUCCAGAUAUUAAUUACAAACCUAAUACUGAAAAUGUAACACAGUCAAAACCUAGUGGAACAACGAAACCUAGGCUAGAAAUUAUUGAAGAUGCAAUUAGAGACACUGUUUCUGUAUCAAACCCAGGGGUACAACCUAAACCUAAUCACGGAGAAAUCGAUGGCCCAGGUUUGUGGAAAAUUGCAACUAGCGAAAAUAUUUUAACUGAAGGCCUCUUGUACACAUCUGCCCCUUUGAAACCGAAGCCUUCGACUGAAAAAAUAUUGAUCAAUCAUCGACGUCCUAAACCUCGCCUAGGCUACAUGAAGGCUACUGUCCCAACCAAUGUCCUCGUACCCUUCGAUUGGUUACCCUCAUUUUUCUCUUUCUGAUUUUUGUAUUUUUUUUAAUAAAUUGAUUGAGCUAUCAA